UCGGAGCAAGGGACAACACUCUGACAGACUCACGUCGGCGACCACAACAUUCGUUGCAAAAGUAUUUAAACAAUAUCGUAAAUGGCUGCUAUUAAGGUUCAACAGUCCAGGUUUGCUUUGCUGAAAGUUGAAGACGAUGAUUCUGAUAACGAUUCUAAAAAGUCCAUCAAGGGUAACGCCAACAACCAAAAAUCAGGACAAAAGAAGAAAAAUAAGAAAAAGAAAAGUCAACAAGCUGAGAAUGAAGAGCUGAGGAAUCUUGCAUUUGGCAUACCCGGUAAAGGACACCACAGUGCCCCCAGCAAGCCUGUCUCAAACGGCAAACAGAAAGUAACCGAACAGCAGUGGGAUGAGUGGCAAAAAAUGGACGGUGAGUAUGCACAAGACACCUUUGAGAAGGAUCUCCAACAGGCCUUGUUGCUAAGCAGGCUGGAAGUGGAGCAGAAGACUCAGGUUAAAUCAUCACAGGGAACCAAGUCUGAGGAACAGGGGUCAGGGGACAGUGAAAAGAAAUCAGGGAAGACGAAAAAGAAGAAGGACAAGCCUGUGGCCAUGUCCCUAGAUGAGUUCAACAAACAGCAACAGGAACCCACUACAUCAACUGACAAUCAUGGGCAUGUUAAGCUGCAUACUAACAAAGUUUCAUCAACCAAUGCAGAGAGGCAGUUCUUUGAAACAGUUGAGAAUGAUGUUGAUAGAAUAAUCCGACAAGAAAAGAUGCAAGAAGAGUACAAGAAGCAAUAUGCUGCCGAGUCAGUGGUGACAGCCAAGUACCAGGAACAGAUCACAAAGAUGGAGAAGGAGAUACAGUUUCUACGAGCUACCAUGAAGAAACAGGAGGAUGAGCUACAGCAAGUGAAGAAGAGAAACAAGCAGUUGUGUGUGAUUCUUGCUCAGGGUGAAAUGAAGGACAAGGCUGAGGUAUUGGCCCAGGUACAGGAGCUCACAGAGGUGAAAGAUGAGCUGACAGACCAGGUUUCAGGUCUAAAUGCUGAAUUGGAAAAAGAGCGCUCUAAAGUGCAUGCCUUAAAGUCAGAGCUUGACAAAGUGAAGGGAGGCAAACACAAGUGACCGGCCGUCUGACAAGCAUCAGUUGACCUGUGUAGAAAUGUGGUAUCAAAGAAGCCUUUUUCUGGGAAAACGGGGUUUAAUGCAUGUGCUUUAAUUGUUGUCCCAGAUUAGCCUGUGCAGUCUACAUAGGCUUUCAGGGACAACACUUUCCGCCUAAGCUUGGUUUUCUUCAAGGAGGAGACUUCCUUCAAACAAAAAAUCCAAUAAAAUUGAAAAGUAUCGUCCUUAAUUAGCCUGUGCUGAAUGCAUCAAGCUAACUUGGAGCAACACUUAAAGCACGUGACUUUAGCCUUGUUUUCCCAGAUUGAGGCUCAAACAGUGCCAGAGUAGCUACAGAAUGUGCCUCAAACAUUCAAAAACAAUGUUCACAGAUUUGUUUCAGGCAUUUUUAAGUGCAAAUUAUCUUAUGCAACACAGAAUGUGACUGUUCCAGUAGUUGUUUUUUUAAUUUAACAGUUAUUUGUGCUGAUUGUAAACGGGAACAAAUCAGAAGAGUACCAAUUUGAAAAACUGUGUGUUCAUGUUAUAUGUUCGCAAAACAAGAGAUUAGAGAUUUUGUUUACAAUUGAUCAGUUUAUUUUUAUAACUUUUUGCUCUGUCAAAGACACAUUGAAAUAAAAUUAAAGAUUUA